AUGUCCGUUGCACUGAUCACAGCGGGGAGCGCCGGGCUCGGAGCCGCGGCAGCCCGGAUCUUCGCGAAGAAUGGUUUCCGAGUCAUCGUGAACUACGCCAACAACGAAGAAAGGGCCAAUAAGCUCUUAGAAGAAUUACCGUCCCUGUCUACCCUGCCGGGCGAUAAUUUCGUCGCUAUCAAGGCUGAUCUAGGUAGCCGGGACGAGAUCAACCGUCUUAUCAAGGAGAGUGUCGAUAGAUUUGGUAGACUGGAUGUCAUAUUCUCUAAUGGCGGCUGGACUCGUUUCCGUGGGAUGGAGAGCAUUGACGAUAAUGCAUACGAGGAAGAAUGGGAUCGUGCCUUUAAUAUGAAUGUCAAAUCCCACCUAUGGCUGAUGCAAGCCUCUAAGAAGUAUCUUGACGAAACCGAGGGUGCUUUCAUUACCACGGCGUCUAUUGCUGGUGUGAUCCCAAGCGGUAGUUCUCUGGCAUAUUCCGCUACCAAGGCGGCACAGAUCCAUCUUGUGAAAGCGCUUGCGGUUAUGGCUGCCCCUAAGAUUAGAGUUAAUACUGUCUCCCCCGGGCUAUUGCUGACAGAAUGGGGAAGUCGCUUUUCAGACGAGCAGAAAGAAGCCCACCUGCAAAAGACCAAGCUUAAGCGUUUCGUUAGCGUUGAGGAUGUCGCUGAACAAGUAUUUACUUUUGCAAAGAGCAAGAGUACGACAGGUAUCAACAUUGUGAUGGAUUCGGGGUUCAUUCUAUGA